AUGGGAAACUCCCGAGUGAAACUCAGUGGUUUUAUUAUUGUGAUCUGUUGCUUCUUUGUCCUGGCAGCGGGCAAAGUGCCAACGAAACCGCAUACAAACACUUGGAGAGACUUAAUCUUUGGCGGGAAAUGGUUCUCCUCUACGCCGCGCGUACGUGAAUCCAAGUUUCUGCCCAUUUUUGCCUUGGUGCCAAUUGGACCGAGCAGCUGUGCAGCGCCCUCUGGCGAGCAGGGAAACUGCAUACCCAGCAAGGAUUGUCUGCUCCGCAAUGGCAUUCCAGCUGGACCCUGUGGUGGUGCCUACGGCGUUUGUUGCAUAUUUCUUCAAACCUGCGGCGGUGUCAUUCGAGAAAACUCUACAUAUUUCGUGAAUCCCAAUCAUCCGGAUGUGUACGACGGUACGGGAAGCUGCCAGGUGACAGUGCAGAAACUUCAUCCAGAUAUUUGUCAGUUGCGCUUGGAUUUGGACAUGUUUUCCAUAGCGCCUCCCGAAGCUGCCAAUCAUCUGUGCAAUCAGGAUCAGUUGCUGAUCUCUGGAGGCAGCCCCACGCCCACCAUUUGCGGCAGCUCCACAGGCGAUCACAUGUACAUUGAUGCGGGUCUGGGCCAGAGCAAUCCCAUUGUAUUGUCUGUCAUAACCAGCGCCAGUUUCCCUCGAUUGUGGCGCAUACGCGUCACCCAAAUUCAUUGUGGUAGCAUUAGUCGAGCGGAUCAGGGUUGUCUGCAGUACUACACGACCAUCAGUGGACGCGUGAGGAGUUUCAACUACAACACUGUGGGGGGCAGACAGCUCUCCAAUCAGGACUACAGCAUCUGCAUCAGAAAUGAGCGCAACUUCUGCGGGAUACAAUACAAUGCAUGUCCUGAUCUGGAGAACAAUCGCUCCCGUGCAUUUACUAUUUCUGGCAAUUCCAAUAAUCCUGUGCCUACCAUAGUGGGUGGUGGUGGUGGUGGCGGUGGUGUACCGCUACCCCCUGGCAGUGGCUGCACCAGCGAUUGGUUGCUAAUUGGCUGCAUACGCUCCGCGGAUCGCAUUCCUCCCCUGCCCGGCUGUGAGGAUCGAGUCUGUGGAGGCACCUUCAGCGCCGAGGCGGGCAUGUUGGCCAAAACGGUGCAGUCCAGCGUGCGUCCCUUUCGUUUGAAUUUCCACACUGAUGGCGUGGAGGCGCCUAAUGAUAUUGACAAUCGUGGCUUCUGCCUCGACUACGUGCAACAGCCUUGCACGAAUGGAUAUUAA